AUGAGCGUACUACUCGAAACUUCUCUCGGCGACAUUGUCAUUGACCUCUUGGUCGAUGAGUCUCCGAAACCAUGUGAAAACUUCCUGAAGCUAUGUAAAGUCAAGUACUAUAAUUUCUCGCCCGUCCACAGCGUGCAAAAAGGCUUUACAUUCCAGACCGGCGACCCCAUUGGCCCCGAUUCCCCCGAAAGCGACGGCGGCUCGUCAAUUUGGGGCCUUCUGGAAGGCCCGUCGAAGAGAACUUUCCCCCUCGAGAUCCCUCCGAAGUUGAAACACGACGAACGCGGAACGGUCAGUAUGGCAACGGUGCCAUCGCCGCACGACGACGAUUUACGCAUCGCUGCAAGUCAGUUCAUUGUGACGCUAGGAGAUAAUUUGGACUACCUAGACGGCAAAGCGGUGCCAUUUGGAAAGGUGGUGGAGGGGUUCGACGUCCUCGAGAAGAUCAAUGAUUCUUUCAUCGAUGAUCGAGGACGACCGCUGAAAGACAUUCGAAUCCGCCAUACAGUCGUUCUAGACGAUCCUUUCGACGAUCCCGCGGGCCUGACGGAGCCGCCAAACAGCCCUGUACCGUCGAAGGCACAGCUCGCGACUGUGCGGAUUGCCGACGAUGAAGACCUGGAUGACAACAUGGACGAAGAGUCCAUGGAAACGCUUCGCCGAGAGCGCGAGGCAAGAGCUCAGGCGCUCACGCUGGAAAUGGUUGGGGAUCUUCCAUUUGCCGAGGUUAAACCGCCAGAGAACGUCUUGUUUGUCUGCAAGUUGAACCCUGUCACGCAAGAUGAGGAUCUUAACUUGAUCUUUAGUCGCUUUGGCCGCAUUCUUUCAUGCGAGGUUAUUCGAGAUAAAAGAACAGGAGACAGUCUACAAUAUGCCUUCAUUGAGUUUGAACACCAGAAGGAUUGCGAACAAGCCUACUUCAAGAUGCAAGGCGUUCUGAUCGACGAUCAUCGCAUCCACGUAGAUUUCUCUCAAAGUGUGUCAAAACUAUCCGACAGCUGGCGGAACGCUACGAUUUCCAAGCGCAGUAGCCAACGGGGUGGAUUUGGCGGCGUAGCUGGCUUGGAGAAAAAGCGUCAGUACCGUACGUCCGACAACCCUCGUCAUCGGGAUGAUUAUUCCAUGGUAUUUGAGAAGCGCGAAAACAGGCGACGGUCAACCUCUCGCGAACGACGCAGCAGUCGGAGUCCUCCCAGGGGAAGCUCGUAUCGUGAGCGGAGACCCAGCCGAAGCCCGCGGCGCAGCUCCAAUCGAGAUCGGUACCGAGAUCGAUCAUACAGUCGAAGUCCCCCGCGGGAGAAGAACCGGGAUCGAUACAACGACCGCGAGCGACGAGGGCGAGGCGGUCGGAGUGACGAUCGAUACCGGCAACGUGAGCGUCGUUGA